AAGACGCGUGUUUUCAUAUGGAGUAGGAUGAUGGUGAGGCUGCAAACAAAGUGGGAAAAUGCCAAGCAAAUAACCAUGAUAUCUUAAGAGAACAUAGGGGAUAUAGUUUAGUGACAGGCACUGUUUCCUGACUUCCAGGUGUCAAUGAGUUGUUGGUCUGUUGUGAUUCAUAUUUUGUAGUUUCGUAUUUCUCGACGAUUCUUUGCAUAGUUCUUCUCAGUCAUAUCUAUUACCCUUAGAAUUUUUCGUUUUUCUGCUGGAAAAAGCCCAGUUACUUACACCUGCCACUCUUCCAGCCAGCCACACGGAUUUUUCGCAUCAUAAAAAAAGGAUAUCUUCUUGUUCUGAAUUCAAAGCGAAAAAGGCCUAGAGUAUUGGCCUAUUGGAAGGCUAUCCUAUCAAUGAAGAGAAUCUCAACAACCUCUCGAAUUAAGGUCUUUGUCAAUUCGAAGGUUUGCAAACACGUUGUCCAGUGUGGUUAGCUUAAAAGCUGUUUAAUGUUUGAUUACUCUUCAUCCUCCACCGGCUUUGAGCGGAAAUUCGUUCGUCACUCGCCAAAUUGAUUUUGGGUCGAGCGGUGACGUAAUAUUCGUCUAUUGAAUAUUAUAUGGCAUACUAGCUCAUCAGCAGAGCCAGCUCAACCCAUCAGUGACCUCAACGGUAGAAUUGUUUCUCGUCGGGUAUUCAGUUGAUGUUAGACCACAAAGAGCACAGAAUCUUCUACGGUAAGUUGCGUCAGUCGUAAGCAGCGCGGGCACUUUUACUCAACGAUCAAGCUACAUUUAGAUUGUCUCAGUGAUUACGGCAAGGUAAGUAAAGCUGCUAGUUUAACUGACAAGAUUUUAUGAAUCUCGAAAUCUGAAUUCACAGCCUUUUCAGUUCGUGAGUCAAGAACUUAGAGGUUGUCAUUAACAAACUGGACUGAAGAGAGUUCGGUAGGAACUUGAAAGUAGCUCUUGAGAUCCAUACUGACUGCUGUAGUAUUAACUAUAGUUUUAUGGAUUACACUAUUUAACCCGGGAGUGGUCACUUCUCUCUUAGUAUGGACACAAUUUGCUUUCAUUCAGCAUUUCCCUCGAAACAUCAAGCGAAUAUUUUCUAAAUCGGUAGGACAAAAGGUGUGUACUACUAGAUAGAAAUUAUUCAUGAGGAUACUAAGAAAUUCUCGUUUGAAUUCGAAUAUCAAUAACGCGGUGAAAUAUUUUUUUAACAUUAUACAACCAAGAAAUAGUUGCUUCACCCAGAAACGGACCGACCGUGUUAAUGAAAAGUCCCUUCAAUUUCUGUCGAUACUUAAUAUAUAUACUUCAAUAUAAACGUCGGUACAGUCGCGCCAGUCCAUGUCAGUACCUAUUAAACUCGGCGCCGAUAGCGUAGAAUUAGGGGUUUUUUAAUCUAAAGGCUGAAUAAAAAUGCGUAAGGUAUGAGAAAAUACCCGCAACACCACAAGAAGAUAGUUGAAUAUGAUUCGAUCACAAAAAAACUGUUGAUUUUACACUGGAUGGUUGAGUGAUAUAUUAAGAUAUUACUCAGAAUGACUGAUAUAAGACUUUGGUCACUGGUCCAUAGCACAAUAAACACACAUAAAGAAUAAAUGAACACUAGACAAAACAAUAACAUCCAUCUCAGCUGGAGUGGAGGGUUGUUCUUAGUCUCAAAACAUCUUUCAGGAAGAGAUCAAAAAUUACUCUAGUCAAAUCUAAAGCUAAUUUUAAUGAGCUAGCUCGUUGAAGUCAUUUAUAAAAGACAGGCGACUAAGAUGGAUAUCUCAAAUACGUUUAAGAAUUAUAACUUAUAACCCGAGGCAAGAUUUCCUGUCCAGAUAUUAUGAUCAAAGAAUACUUAUUCCAAGUUACAUUGAUCAAACUAAGCUGGCGCUUUCCUUACACAAACCAGACAAAAGUCAAGGAUUGGACUAAAAUCAUGGUCAAUCUGGUGAUAGCUGGAGACAUGCUAGUCUCUUUAGCUUUAUCUGCAUGCACUACACCUCCUAAAGCAAACCCAUCUCGACGCGGUUUAAUUGAGAUUUUAAUGAAAUCCAUGUAUUUUGUCGUGGAUGUCAGUCAUGGCAGAUUGCCAUACAAAUAUUGUCCUAGACUUAAUAAUAACCAUUCUGUGGUUGACAAAGGGAGUCAUUAAGCUUUUAGUGGUUAUUAAUAAUGGUUUAAUAGCGCUAACAGACACAUACCACACUACAACGAAUGCCAUAUCAUGGGGCAGUCUUCUCAAAUCAAACCAUUGACAAUCAGAGUUUGAUAGUUUGAUACACUACCGAGAACGUUAAAAAGCAAGGCAAAAUAUCCGGCACGUUUAUCUGACAAGUGAAACAUGUGAACGAUUUAUUUGAGCGUUGAGUCAAUACGGUGUGGUUUCCGGCGGGCCAGGACCUUUACCGGACUUGACACAUCACAUAUAAUAAUUUGAUUCUUUUAUGAAUAAAGUCUAUACGUAUUGCCUUUACUUGUCCAUCAAAGACGUGGGAAUUUUUAACUUUAUGCAUUGUUUGUCGGGGUCGGUAUAUUCGUAUUAAUAGAGUGAUUUAAUAGUCACACUGUUGAAUAAUAAAUAACUUAUCUAAUUUAGGUGACGUCAACUAUUCAAAAGUUUGAAUAAAUUCACUCUACAUGAUGGAUAGACGUGAGGUGAUGCGUAUGUGGAAGGAUAGGAUUGGUUAGAGAGGUCAUACCUGAUGACUUGUCUGCUCUUCACAUUCAUCGUCGUCAUCUGUUUCUCUAUCAGCCAAUCAGGUGAUCCCUGUACUGGUAAAUCAUUCGUGUGUUCAGAAGACCUAAACACCAGUCAAGCAGGAAGAUGUGGCCUGACAGAUUUGAGCAAACUAAAGGCAUUUAUUUCAGAACCAAGGAAAAUAUGUACAUUGGACUUGUCCAACGGAAAUAUCAGCGUAAUCCCACAAGGAGUCUUUGAGGAAUUUGCUAGCCUUGUCAACCUAACUCUACGUAAUAACCGCAUCAAGUCAUGGGAUACAAAAGAAGUUCAGAUCGAGCUGCCCUCACUAGAAUACCUGGAUAUAUCUGAGAAUGAUGACUGGGUACCAGAUGAUGAGUUAUUAAGCAUCAAGAGCUUGAAGGAAAUCCGUGGUGUGAGAUGGAACAACCAGUGCAGUGAUUGCAGUCUAAAGCGAGAUAUCAAUAAAACAUUACUGGACAAGAUUAAGAAGAAAGAAUACUUUGAAUGGGUAGCAGGCUACGCGUGCCGAGCUAAGAUAACUAAGUACAGUCAUGUCAUACAAAUGUUUGCUAAGCAUGACUUUAUUGCAGAGUGCUUCGCCAGAGGUUCUAGUUGUUACAACACUGAGGUAACAGAGACAUCGAAAGCUCCAUGUAGGGAUGUCAAUAUUCGCGUCUUAGCGUUAGAAUACCUGUUUGGUCCUGUCGCUAUCGUUCUUAACCUAAUCGUUGUCUUGACGACAGCAUUCUCGGAGCGCCUGCGCAGAAACAUUGCCAUGGUUCUCGUAUCAAACCUAGCCUUUGGGGACUUUCUCAAUGGUGUUUACUCUGUCAUAAUUGCAGUGAUUCAUCACGUCUAUGACUACGAACAAACACGAACAUUUGCUGACAGUAAGUGUGAUUAUAUUGGUCCAAUGUGGAUUCUUGGUCAGACUAUCGCCGUCAGUUGUUCACUUGUUUUGACGUAUGAAAGGUAUCGUUCGGUAGUCAACUCAGUGAAGGUGAAAUCUAAAAUGAAGAUGAAAACCGCUCGUAUUGCUAUCAUGGUUUGCUGGAUAUGGUCUUUGGUAGUAGCUUUCCUUCCAUUUGUAGGCGUCGGCAUGUACUCCAUAGGUACAUUCUGCAUUCCUAUCUAUCCAGUCAAGUCCAUCCCUCAUCAGUUCUGGUACAGUAUUGUAGUAACCCUGAUGGCUUGUAUAAUGUACUUGGUUACGCUGCCUCUCUAUUUACAACUCUAUCUGUAUGUGAAGAAAUCAAGUGAUCGUAUCGGUAGCACAACAGACGUGGCAUUGGCCAAGCGUAUCUUCGUUCUUGUUAUUAGCAACAUGUUCUUCUUUCUUCUUCCAAUCGCCAUCUCUUUAGCCUGGUCUAUUCUGAGUAGGAAGCAAGUCAUGUCACGGGUAGUAGCAGAAGUCUUGACAUCGUCAUUCUGUGCUAUUUGCCUGACAGUCAACAGCUGCCUCAACCCUGUCCUUUACGCUCUCAGGAAUAAAACAUUUAUCAAAGAGUUGAAAAAAAUGAUGUACAAAAAGUUUGGCAAGUGUUGUAGUGGGAUAUGCUUUGCUAACGAUAAUGGCUACAGUAUUGAUAAGACCAGCAAAAGUGGAUCAUCAAGGGCUAGUAAUUACCAUGUUCAAAAGACUACAGUAUAAGAAAGACAGACAGAAAUACAGCAGACAGACGCUUACGUUCAGAACGUUCCUCUAUAGCCACACUGAAGAAUAAAGUAAAGUAUGGAAACCAGACUGUUUCUAGAGGGAAGAAAUGCAUGAAAUGGUAGGAAUGGCGAAAUAAAAAAUCGCCUUUAGCCUGGAUGUUGACAUUGACUAGUAUCUAAAGAAUAUUGAUAAUAUGCAGUAAGGAUUGGAUAGGCCAAUAAUGGCAUUGGUUUAACUGCUCUACUGUAUAUAGUGCUAUAGAGACCAAAAUGAUAUGUACACUCAAUUUGGAGGAAUAACAAGAGAAGAAAUGAGAUCUCGUGACUCAGAUGUUGUUUUAAGUUACUCACGUGGAGCCACGUGUCAGUGACUGUUCACACCAGCCCUUCAGGUAUAUGAACAAAUGUGCUCGUAAUCUCUUGUUUAUAAGUACUGAUCAGCGUGUGGAACUUAAGUAUAACAUUAGUAGACCAGAAAAUAUUAAUACUUAUUAAUAUAUCAUAUACAUAUAUAUACAUAAGAUAUAUAAAUAAAUAAAGUUAGUUAUUAAUAUAUUAUAUAUGUUCUAAUACACAAGGAAAGUCACUUACAAGCUAUAGAAUAAUAAUAAUGACAUUUAGUAUAAAUACACAGGUGAUUAUUGAAAAUCUCGCGCGCUGAUUGGUCGAGAAACUCACACUAUCACACGAUAAUCACCUCCAGCGAUAAUCCAAAAUGGCGGCCAGCCGCUGUGUUGCUGUUACCGGGAAAAAAUUUGUCCUUUUUUUCCUUAAUGAAUCGUAAAUUGCUGCAAUUGUUUCAUGUCCUGAAAAAUAAAAGAUAAUUGCCUCGUAA